AUCAGUUGUCUGAGGCAGAGGCAGAUGGACACAUGGGGAAUUCAAAGCACGAGGAUCAUUUUGGAAGACGAUGGAUCAUGAGAUAUUUCUUAAUUCUUUUGAUUUCCUCAACAAAUGUCUACUCCUCUGAUGUAGGUGUUGUUCAAGAGGAUAACGUAAAAAUAGUUCAAGCUGGAGAGGAUGUGAACCUUACUUGCACUUUUUCAAACCUUUUGCAAUCAACAACAGCAUGGUUUAAACAGACAGCUGAUGGAAAAUCCUUACAAAUUGUGUCUUUCUAUAUAAAUCUACAACCCAGCUGGAAUAAGGACUAUGAGAAAACAAAACGUUUUAAUGUUAUUAAAGGAAAUGGUCAUUUUAAUCUGACCAUUUUAAAGACAAAGCCUUCAGACUCAGCAGCGUAUUACUGUGUAGUCUCGUCACAUUACAGCAUUGGAAUGGGUGCAGGCACUAGAUUACUUGUCAAAGAUGCAGCUAUGGACAGACACACAACUCUUCAUCAGUCUUUGAUAGACACGCUUCAUCCAGGAGAUUCUGUGAGUUUGCAGUGCAGCAUCUUCUCUGAGAGUUGUACAGGAGAACACAGUGUCUACUGGUUCAGGCGAAGCUCAGAAGAAUCACAAGGAGUCCUUUACACCAAAGGAGAGAGAAAUGGUCAGUGUGAGAACAGAACUGAGUCUAAAAUGCAGAGCUGUGUCUACAGUUUCUUCAAGAGCAACAUCAGUCAAUCUGACGCUGGGAUUUACUACUGUGCUGUGGCCGCAUGUGGAGAGAUACUGUUUGGAAAAGGAACCAAACUAAAUUUUAAAGAGAGUGAUAAUAUGAAUCCAGCUCUUCUUGCUCUUGGAUUUUCAAACAUCAUAUUUUUGGCCCUGGUUGUUUUUCUGGGAUUAAAACUAUGCAGGGGGCAGAAUAAAGUGCCUACACCACAAGAGAGUCAAAAUGAAGACACUCUGAAUUACGCAUCCAUUAGUUUUGGUCAGAAACCUCUGAACACUAGAAGAGCUAAAGCAAGAAUCAGUCAAGACCAGUCUGUGUACGCACAGGUCAGAACACACCAGUGACAUUCAAAUGUUCAGAGAAACAUUUAACUUCUACACCGUAAAAAUAUUUCAUUAUAUUAUCACAUUGUCUUCUAACAACAUAUUUGAAUCUAAAUCCAUCAAUUUAAUUUGUCUGCAUAAUUGCAGUAAUUUCUAGUCCAUUUUAGUUCACUGAUUUUCUUUAUCUGAAAUUAAAGUCAAAGUACAGCCUGAAAAUUCACAGUGCAAUGAAUUUAUCACUGCUGACACCACUAUGAUUUUUGUUUGAAUUUGGCAGCAAUUACAAGUGUACUGGGCAACUAUUUUCUAAAAGAUGGUUGCAUUAAAAUUGAAUCAUGUCGAGGAUCACGUCUAAAUGCAAUACACUAUCGGUCAAAAUUUUGAAAUAUUUUUGAAUAUAUAUUUGAUAUAUAUUUUAAAAUGUAAUUUAUUCCUGUGAUCAAAGCUAAAUUUUUAGCAGCAUUACCCCAGUGUUCAGUGUCACAUUAUAUAAAUUAAUACUUUUAUUUAGCAAAGAUGCUUUAAAUUCAUCAAAAGUGACGAUAAAGACAUUCAUAAUGUUACAAAAGAUUUCUAUUAAAUCUUCUUCUGAACUUUCUAUUAAUCGAAGAAACGUGUUCAAAAAAUCUACUUAGCUGUUUUCAAUAUAAUAAUAAUAAUAAUAAUAAUAAUAAUAAUAAUAAUAAUAUGUUUUUUGAGCAGGAAAUCUGAAUAUUAGAAUGAUUUCUGAAGGAUCAUGUGACUGGAGUAAUGAUGUUAAAAAUUCAGCUUUAAAAUCACAGGAAUAAAUUACAUUUUAAAAUAUAUUCAAAUAGAAAACAGUUAUUUUAAAUAGUAAUAAGGAUAAGAAUAACUGUGGGAAUGAAAGAUAGUGUGUGUUUGUGUGCCUAUAUUUUUGUGGAUACAUGCAUGUAUCUUAUAAGAC